CGAGAGUCACAUGAUAUUGUUAAUGGCGAACGAUGUCUUAUGCUGACGACGAUACAACAGGGAACUUUGUUGGGUCAUUCCCAAAGGGUUUCGGUUAUGGACCAGAUGAAAAUGAAGUUGAUGGUGUGGCAGCUGCAGCAGAAGAAAAACCAAGGAUAUUACUGAUGGGACUGCGCAGGAGUGGCAAGUCUUCCAUUCAGAAAGUUGUCUUUCACAAAGUGUCCCCCAAUGAAACAUUGUUUCUGGAGAGUACCAACAAGAUUGUCAAAGAUGAUGUGUCCAACAGCUCCUUUGUACAGUUCCAGAUCUGGGAUCUGCCUGGCCACAUUGACUUCUUUGAUCCAACGUUUGAUUCAGAGAACAUCUUUGGAGGAUGUGGUGCACUAAUAUUCGUCAUAGAUGCUCAAGAUGACUACAUGGAGGCUCUCUCUAGGCUGCACUCAACAGUGUCCAGAGCCUACAAGAUCAACCCCAAGAUCAAGUUUGAAGUGUUCAUUCAUAAAGUUGAUGGACUGUCUGAUGACCACAAGAUUGAGACUCAGCGAGACAUUCACCAAAGGGCAUCAGACGAUCUGCAGGACACGGGGCUAGAGAGUGUCCAUCUAAGCUUUCAUCUCACAAGUAUCUACGAUCAUUCAAUAUUUGAGGCAUUCAGCAAAGUUGUACAGAAACUGAUUCCUCAGUUACCAGUGUUAGAAAACCUCCUUAAUAUUCUUAUAUCAAACUCAGGGAUAGAGAAGGCAUUUCUGUUUGAUGUUGUCAGUAAAAUCUACAUAGCCACCGACAGUUCUCCUGUGGACAUGCAGUGUUAUGAGCUCUGUUGUGAUAUGAUUGAUGUCGUCAUUGAUGUGUCCUGUAUAUACGGUGUCACAGACAUUGUUUUGUCUCGUAUUCGAGAUGAUGGAGCCUUUGACAACCAAUCAGCAGCCAUCAUUAAGUUGAACACCAACACCAUUUUGUAUCUGAGAGAAGUGAACCGGUACCUGGCUCUGGUCUGCAUCCUAAGAGAGGACAGCUUUGAGAGACAAGGUAUAAUCGACUACAACUUCCACUGUUUCCGCCACGCAAUACAAGAAGUGUUUGAUGUUCGGCAGAAACAGGAGCUUGGCAGUGGGCACCUCAACUCGACAGAACUUGUUCAUUCUAACGGCAUUGCCAGUAAAAUACAGUGAUACCAUCAUUUUGCCUUGACUGAAUCAGAGACAUUGUGAUUUCCAUACUGCAGUGCAGAGUGUAGGAUGAUCUGUUGACACAUGUGGAGCUGACGGGAACCAAGCAGAGGGGAUAUUAUACCAUGUACAGCUGGUUAAUGAAUAUCCAGAAAAUCAAUUUUGCUUUCUGUCCCACAAGCUUGUCGGCAGCUGUGGGUAGCGAAAUGAUGGUCAUCUUGUGUGUUAAUCUAUCAAUUAAGUUUGAUACAGUGCUAUAAGUCCACAACUUGAGAGGCAACUUUCUGCAAGUAUAUUGCCCUAAACAUUACGGUAAUGAUGUAAAUUAUGACUUCUGGAUCUUGCAUGAAGAUGUUUAUUGAAUGUAUGAUUGUUAUUGAUAUUUUUAGUUGUUUUUCUUAUCAAUCACAUUAUUAUUAGCUACACCAUGCAAAGCCUCUAAGACCCUUAACCCAAAGAAAAUAUAGACCAGAAUUAUCUGACAUGUUUUUCGGUCUCUUAACACCAUGAUGGAACUGAAUACUUUCAAAGUGACGUUCUACCCAACACGCAAGGGGUGGCUGUCCAGGGCAUAUGGGAUGCUGUAGACAUGUUUCGAAACUGUUUCAGUGUAGUACAACAGUUGCAAUAGUUUGACAAGUAAGCCUCUUGCAAUAGGUCUCCUGGCAUUAUUUAACAUAACAAAGCCUAACACUUCCGCCACGUCCUGGAUUCUACAGAUUCCUUGUGGCAGUGUUUGUGAGUUAAGGAACCUCUUCCCAUUGUCUGAUAUGAAUUUAUGAGCAUUCUCUGAGUGAAUGUCUACAGUCAAGGUAUACCUGAGUAAAAGUAAAUACAUGUAAUCAAAAGUAUUUUUUUCAUUCUCGUACGCCUAUCGAUACAAUCGACAGUGUAGUGGUGCAUCAGUGUUGGCUGUUAAUAUUUAACCUGUUAUCAUUGUGUUGCCAUUGGGCAAUGGACAAAUGCAAGCAGCAGGUCGUGUUAUCUCUACGCUGCCACAACUUACCCACCCAUCUAAACUCUAAUGGUUCUUAUCUCUGCCAAGCAGCAGGUCAUGUUAGCUCUACGCUGCUACAACUUACCCACCCAUCUAAACUCUAAUGGUUCCUAUUUCUACCAAGCAGCAUUGUAGCAAGUCGUGAGUUGUAGCAACUGACUAUAGUUCCUACUGUCACACUGCUGGGUAUGUUGCAUACUGACAGAAUUACCAACAGAAUUAAGCCAUAGAUGGAAAGUAAAUACUUACAUUUAGGCCAAAAACAUAAUUGUGUCAAAGUCAGUGCCAGGGGUUGAUUUUGAGAGGUGGUAUCUACUACUCAAAAGAAGUUAAAGAGCACCUGUUCUUUCGUACUACUAUAGCUAUUGGUCAUGCCAGUCGGAUGUUCUUUAACUUCUUUAGAAUAGUAUGUUUGAUAUUGUACGAAAGAUGCAGGAGUUUUAUAUCAAUAAAAACUAACAUGUAUGUUUUCAUGAGAUCAUUCAGAUUGAAUAGUAUAGUUAUCAUAAAGUCAUCAAUAUGUUGCAGUUGUAUUCAGAAAUUAUUAGGUUUUGUGUAAGCUUAUACAGAGAUGAAUCAUGUUUAUGUUGGUUGAGGUCUGGAGAAGCUAGCAAUGCUUGUCCUGAGUGACAGCCCCCACCGUCAGGUCAGCUCUCUGUGACACUGCAUUCCUCAUACCUCGUCCUCCAUUACCCAGUGUAUAAUAUCUCCAUGCUGUGACAGUCAAUACCCUGGACACAUUGGCCACCAUAGCUUGGGUUUCAGUCUAGUUUGAACAACACUACGCUAAAACAGCCGUCCAAUCAACUCAUGCUUGUUCUGUCAUGAUUGAAUCAAGCAGUAAUAUCACUGGACUUGUUUUGUUAUGUACUGUAUUUAAUACAACUGGUAACACCUGGUUAAAGGAGGACAUCCCACUCCAUGUCUUUGAACUCUUCUCCUGCUAAAAGUAGGUUUAGGAUUUGUUGCUUUUUUACUUUAUCAAGGGUUUGCUCGACAAAACCACAUUUUUUAACCUAGGUCUAUGCCAAACUUGUUCAGAAGAGUCAAUUUGAUUGGUUUUUGAUUUAAAGCUCAUGAGCGGGGAAAAUGUGUACUAAGUGAUAAAAGAGAGGGAGAAGGCUUCGUCACUGCCCACAAGAAGCUAAAGUGAGGAAUGGGUCCAUGGCCCUGUUCCACAAAAUUAUCUAAGUGUUACGAUGAUCUUAACCCAUGUUAGACGAUGGGACUGUCAUUCACCUAGCUCUACGAUGAUCGUAAGCCCAUGUUAAAUGAUGGAAGUCACGCCUUAAAUCACUUUAAGGAACGAGGCCCGGGGUAUUUACAACACAUCAGAGAUAUACUACCCUGGAUAAGUGAGGAUGUCCUCCUCCACAUGGAACCAACCUAAAUGUGUUUAGCAUACAGAGAUCAACACUGUAUCAAAUAUAUCAUGUGUGUUGAUGAUGAAGAGGUUUGAAAGAUGGUAUGAUUGUUUCUCAUAGGAGUUGUAAAACUGGAGCACAUUGAUACUGUUCUUGAAUAUGAUAAUUAGUGUUAAUAUUCCUACAUGUUGGAUGUGGUGAGAUGACCCAAUCAUGCUGACAUAACCUCUUGACUACAAAAAUAUGAUUCAAACUGAAAGAGUUGAAUUAACUCUGGUCGAUUUUUGUGUACCAAAUGCAAAUUGGUAUUACUAGUUAUUCUGUGUUUGUGGAUCGUUUUGCAGGGUUUGUAAUUGCUGUACAAAGGUUGAGACUACACAAGUCUCUGUAUACUUUCAUAGUACUUGAAACAGCUCACUCUCUCUCUAGAUCAACACUGUGCUGUUCAAAACGAAUAAGUGCCGUAUGUUUUCAGUGCUCUUCAUUUUGCACAGUCCAAUAUUUAUGAUUUGUGACCCACCAGGAGAAAAGGGACCUUAUGGGUGCUAGGAUACAAUUGUGCUGUGAUGUCAUAAGGAUGUUUAUGUGUCAACUUACUUCAUGUGUGCGGUCUGUGCGAAAAUAUCUUAUUUUUCUCUUGUUAGUAAGGGGCCAAGUCGUCUAAGGUGCCGCGAUUUGCUGUGCAGAGUUGCGUUUCCUGGACACGCCAGAAACCUAUGAUUGUGGGUUUGAAUCCCGGUUCA